ACAGCGGACAUCCGCAGGUAGAACACGAAAAACACCCCCCAACAAGUUUAGAACUCCAAUUGACAACUACCGGAGCUAUGGCAGCCGGUAACUAAUUUCCCUUCCUUAUUUAUUUCAUCUCAAUGGCUAACCAAUCACUCUACUGACGCAGAACAAAGAAGACUGCUCGAGCAGGUAAGUUUUUUUUUGUUUUUUUGGCUCCCCCGUCCAUUCAUCGCAUGCUAGCUUACCAACGAACACCAGUUAAUGGGCACGCCCAAUCAAACCAACUCCUCUGUCCCAUUCACUGAUCCCUCUGUCUGCCGCAGCUUCCUGGUGGGCACGUGUCCGCACGACCUCUUCACAAACACGAAGCAAGAUCUGGGCCCGUGCAAGAAGACGCACCUGGAAUCCCACAAGGCGGAAUACGAGCGCGAGCGCGCCAACAAGGCGUCCAAGGAUCUCGGCUACGAAUACGACUACCAGCGCGACCUGCAGCGCUACAUCGACGAGUGCAAUCGUCGGAUCGACGCCGCGCAGCGACGAUUGGACAAGACGCCGGAUGAGAUCACGAAGACAAAUUCGCUCUUGAAGGGGAUUGCGGACUUAGAUGGUAGCAUUAGCUCCGGAUUACAGGAGGUGGAGGUGCUCGGUGAGACGGGCGCAAUCGGUCGCGCACUUGACGAGUGGCAUAAAGUUAAGGUUGCAAAGAUGGAGAAGGAGGGGAAGGAGAAGGAGUUGAAGUUGCUCAGUGAUAGUGCUGGACCCUCUGGCCACCAGAAGUUGCAGGUUUGCGAUGUGUGUGGGGCCUACUUGUCUAGGUUGGAUAACGAUAGGAGGUUGGCGGAUCACUUUUACGGCAAGGUAAGAGGGUUUUCUCCUUUGAGUUAUUCUCUCGCCGUUUCCGUUUCCUUUCAUUUCGCUUUGUUUUUUCUCCUUCACUGCUGAUUUGCGGUGUGUGUGACAAUAGAUGCACCUUGGGUACGCACAGAUGAGGGCUACGUUGAAGAAGUUGCAGGAAGAACUCGUUGGAAGGGGACCCCCGCAGGGACAGCACGGUAGGGACUUCCGCGACAACGAUAGGGGUUUCCACGAGGGCGGCUACUCGCGAGAACAAUCUGGUGGCGGUGGUUACCGGGGUGGCUUUAGAGGCGGUCGUGGAGGCGGUAGCUACCGUGGUGGCAGAAGCGGAGGUGAUGGCGGAGGCGGAUGGGGUGGUCGCGGUGGUGGUGGUGGUGGAUACGGUGGUAGAGGCAGUGGUGGGGGAUGGAGGUCAUAGAUAGUAAAAGUAGAUGCAUACACCUUGCUCACUGGACGUUCCCCCCCCCAGAAUUGUAAUAUCCGAAUUUCCUUUCCCCGCUCUCUACGAUACGGCGCAUUAAGGAUGGGGUAUCUAUCUGUUUUACAACUUCUAUUUGAUCUGCAAAUUUUUUUCGUCUCAUAAUCAAAAAGCAACGA